AUGGCAACCGGUAUCACUUUGUUAGAGAAAACUAAUUCCAUUAUUCUUCUUUUGGGGAUGUUGCAUGCAGUUGGAAAUCUGGAAAACAAGUCUCAGUUGACAAAGAAAGAUCUGGAGGAGGGUCCCCAGUUGGCAGUGCAUGAAUAUAUGGUAGCAGCAACCAACAUCAAAGGAGUAUCGUUUUCAUGGUUGGGUGUUUGA